GUCUAUUGGAGAUCUAUGGGUAGCACAUAUAAAAAAAGAACAUCCUUCAGCCGAUGUCACGAUCAUUAACAUACCUGAUUUUUCCACUGAUUGCUCAACUACAACAUUCAAUGAAGUUAAAGCCGAUUUGACCAAUUUCAAGUUCAUAGAACAUAAAUAUCCAAUUGGUAAAUGGGGCGGCGUUCUUGGUAAAGUGAUAUUUAAGCUAUGGGAGGUGAUUUACAAAGAAUAUUCUGAUUUGGUAACAAAAUUUAUCAAUGAAGUUGAAGAACAAAAAUCAUGUUGGGUAAUUUAUAAAAUUAUUGCUCAAAAAAAUAAUCCAAUAUUUAAGUAA